AAAAAAAAAAAAAAAGAAAAACUUUCAGAAUUGGAUCACCAAAAACUAAUUUUUUCACUCUCUUUUUGGUCCCUCUUUCCCAAUAUUGCAAGAGGCCAAAGGAAAGAAAAAUCUCUUUACAUCCUUUUUUCUCCGUUUCCUUAAAAGAUACAUACGAUGAGUAGAGGAAGAGGAGGAUUUGGCGGCGGCCGUGGAGGCAGCAGCGGAGGAUUCAGAGGUGGUCGUACUGGACCUGCUAUGAACAUGGGACCUCCUGACACUGUUUUGGAGAUGGGAACGUUUCUGAAGGCUUGCGAAGGCGAGAUUGUCUGCCAGUCAAUAAAUACGAAGAUCCCAUAUUUCAACGCGCCGAUAUACCUGGAGAACAAGACGACAAUAGGCAAGGUCGACGAGAUUCUCGGCCCUAUCAACGAGGUUUACUUCACCAUCAAACCUCAGGACGGAAUCGUUGCGACGUCGUUCAAGCUUGGAGACAAGUUUUACAUUGGACCUGAUAAACUUCUGCCCUUAGAUCGAUUCCUGCCCAAGCCCAAGCCCCCACCUGGAUCUAAGCCCCCCAAGCGAUCGGGCGGUGCUGGCGGUCGCGGAGGAGCUCGCGGAGGUCGUGGCGGACGUGGAGGAAGCAGCUUCGGCGGCCGUGGCGGCGGCCGGGGAGGAAGCAGCUUUGGUGGACGCGGCGGUGGCCGUGGUGGCAGCAGCUUUGGUGGCCGUGGCGGUGGUCGCGGCGGAAGCAGCUUUGGCGGUCGCGGUGGAAGCAGAGGCGGUAGCAGCUUUGGCGGCCGCGGCGGUAGCAGCUUCGGUGGCCGCGGCGGUGGACGUGGACGCUUUUAGAGGAUGAAAGUUGUGAAAAUGAUAAAAGAAUGGAAAGCCGAAUAUGAGAAAAAGGCGGGGGGACUUGUGAGAUAGAAUGGAUGUUCACAGGUCUAGUUCAGGCUUGUCUGAUUUGCCUUGUUUGUAUUUAUUGCGUUUAUUUUUGUUUGUAGCAGUUAUGUAAUGUUAAAUUUGGUCUAUCAAGCUU